AUGAAGCCAUUCAGUCAUGAUAUCGGCCUUCUGGUCCCAUUUUUCAUAUUCCUCCUAGCCGGUUUGUUGGGGGUCGGGACGGGGAACCCGAUCGCAAACCCUGCUGCCAGCCCUCAACUUCUGGGCGGUAUUUUAGGGCCUAUUCUUGAUCCUAUACUUGGUGGUGGUGGCGGCGGCGGCGCAUCCAGUCCUCCUCUAUAUGACUUCUUCUUAGGCUUAGCACGAAAUGUCCUUGAUCCCGCACUAGGUACGGAUCUAGCGGGCCAAAUUAUGCCUGGUACCACUUUAGAUGGCGGAAGAGGCAUCCUAGGACCCGAAGUCUGCGCAUUGUUCAACUGUGUAGUCAAUCCAAGUGGUGGGCCGGUUCAGGGAGGCCCUGAUACCCCGAGCCAAGUGGCUGCACUGCUCGAUCGACUCCUUGGAACGAAUAUAGUUCGGGUUAUACAAGGCGGCGCGACAAGUGGAGAUGUAAACGGUUUAGUUGGCCCACUAGUCUGUCUCCUCUUCAGCUGUAGCAUCGGUCCUCAAGUGACUACUACAUUAACAGCGACAUCUACUGCGACUUCUGUAUCAACAUUCACUAUUAGCACAACGAGACUUUCUACCACAACAUUAACCGCGACUUGCUCACCAACCACUCUGACAAGCUCUAUAUUUACUACCACCACGAAUUUUGUGACACUCACAUCCUCUACGACUGCUACCGUGUUUGCUACACGAACUUCUGUGGUUGCUGGACCGGCCACAACUAUCACCUCCACUUCAUAUUCGACCUAUAAGACUACAUACACUCAGGCGGCGCCUGCUGCGACAAAAACUUCUACAGUAACUCAGACAGCGCCAGCUAUUACCUAUACUACUACUGCUACCUUGCAGGGUUAUCCAGUUACCAAAACCGUUACUAGUACUUGGACAAGUACCGUUACAAAAUGUACUUCUUCUUCUUCUUCACGUCCAUACCGCCACGGGGUCUCUUAA